CGGAGAAAACCUACUGACAUUAGGACUCAUCCAUCUUAACCCCCGGUGGGCUCAACCCCUCCAGCUCGUGUUCCCCCGUCGCCAACCCGACGCGCGACGGUUCCGAGUCUCGUCAAACUCGAACGCGUACCAUCGUAGCGAACUCGAAGAAGCCAAGGGCAAGGAUUCGGUACGCUACCCGUGUUCUCGUGGGACUCCUUCCCUUCCCCCUUUUAAACCCUGCAGUCUUCUAUCUGUGUAUCUCUCCAUCGGCAAAAACAAAAGAAAAAAAAAGAAAAAAGAAAAAAAUCAAAAUAACACGGCGAUUCAUUCUUUCCUCUUCGCCGCGGCGUCCAUGCCUCGUUCUUUUCUCCUAGAAAAUUUGGCGUCGGCGCUCCUCCUCGCCAUCCUCCUCUUCUUCUCUCCCUCCGACGCGGUCCGCACCUUCCCCGCCGGCGUCGGGCGGUUUGCGGAGGCGCCCCAGUUCCGGAACGGCGAUGCCUGCCCGGCCUCCCCUUCCCACGGUGGCGCCACCACCUGCGACUCCUCCCACGUUCACAUCGCCAUGACCCUCGAUUCCCACUACCUCCGCGGCUCCGUCGCCGCCGUCUUCUCCAUCCUCAAACACGCCUCAUGCCCCGAAUCUCUCUUCUUCCACUUCGUCGCCUCCGCCGGCCCCUCCUCCUCCGACCUCCACCGCACCGUCCGCUCUGUCUUCCCUUCUCUCCGCUUCAAGAUCUAUCCAUUCCGGGAGAAAUUGGUCCGCGGCCUCAUCUCCGCCUCUGUCCGGGAGGCCCUGGAGAACCCCCUCAACUACGCCCGUAACUACCUCGCCGACCUCCUCGAGCCCUGCGUCGAACGGGUCAUCUACCUCGACUCCGAUGUCAUCGUCGUCGACGACAUCCGCCGCCUCUGGGACACGCGCCUCCCGGAGCCGGCUGCGAUCGCCGCGCCGGAGUACUGCCGCGCGAACUUCAGCCGCUACUUCACGGAGGAGUUCUGGGAGAGCUGGGACGGGCAGAGGGUUUUCUACGGGCGGCGGAGGCCGCCGUGCUACUUUAAUACCGGGGUGAUGGUGAUGGACCUGGCACGGUGGCGGGCCGGGGAGUACCGCCAGAAGAUCGAGCACUGGAUGAAGGUGCAAAGAAUGAGGCGGAUCUACGACCUGGGAUCGCUGCCGCCGUUCCUGCUGGUGUUCGCCGGCGAGGUGGAGGGGGUGGACCAUCGCUGGAACCAGCACGGCCUCGGCGGCGACAACUUGUCCGGGAACUGCCGGCCGCUCCACCCGGGGCCGGUGAGCCUGAUGCACUGGAGCGGCAAGGGCAAGCCCUGGGCCCGCCUCGACGCCGGCAAGCCCUGCCCUCUCGAUCACCUCUGGGCGCCAUACGACCUCUAUCUCCCGCCGCCCUCGUCCUCCACCUCCGCCUCCGACUCCUAAUCCUCCGCCGCCACUGUCGUCGUUUCGUUGUAGAUUAUGCCUAUGGAUAGAUUCUGCUAGUUCUAUUUAUGGGCGAUCCCGUCACCGCCGCCGGCGCUGUAUAGCAGAGAGAGAGCCGCAUUGGAGUAGUCUAUUCGGAUACAUGCAGAGACUGGCAUUAAUCUCGUUCGUUCGGUUCCAUUACGGGAUUUUUUUUCGAUUUGGAUCUCCAUAGGCAUUGCUUGAUAUUUCAUUCAUUUUUUCCCUCCCUUCCUCUGAGGGAUUGAUUCCAGAUUUCUUGUCGAUAGCAAUUUCAGAGUUUCUUAAUUUUCUUUUGUUGAAUUCUUUAGGAAGUACUCUUUUCAUGUUCUGAUGAUUGGAGUAAUGGGUUGGGGGAGGAUGGAAUUUGAUGUUCGCCAACGACCGUUGGCAAAUUAUUUUGUUACAUUUGUACAAUCUUGGUGAUGGAUCGGAGGAGCUGGUGUUUGGAAUAAUAUAUAAUAAUAAUAAUGGAAUAACCGAAUUGCAUUAUUA